AAUGAGCAGGAAGCCAUUUCCAAAGAGCAAGUCUUUGCAUCAGCUACGGGGACCUCCUUUGCCUGCAGUGCUGCUGUGAAGCAAAAUUGAAAAGAUGCCGCAAGAUUUCAGUGUGUCACCUGCUUGGCACGCUCCAUAGGUGUCUGGAAAGUUUUCCAGUUAGGAACUGGGCAGCACCAGCUCUUCCAGAACUUUCUGGGCGGGCAAGCCCCUCCCCUUGUCUCAGGCAACUUAUUCUCUCUGGUGUCUGGUGCUGCCCAGGACCUGCUGGGAACCUCUGGAGCCAUGGAGUCCACUCAGCUGCUCUUCUUCGUGAAUGGCAGGAAGGUGAUAGAAAAACAUGCCGAUCCUGAGAUGAUGCUGUUACCGUACCUGAGGAAGACCCUUCGACUCCCAGGCACGAAGUACGGCUGCGGAGGGGGAGGCUGUGGCGCCUGCACGGUGAUGGUCUCGCGGUACAACCCCAGCACCAAGACCAUCAGGCAUCAUCCCGUCAAUGCCUGUCUGACCCCCAUCUGCUCUCUGCAUGGCGCGGCCGUCACCACAGUGGAAGGCAUAGGCAGCACGACAACCAGACUCCAUCCUAUUCAGGAGAGGAUUGCCAAGUGUCACGGAACACAGUGUGGAUUCUGCACUCCCGGGAUGGUGAUGUCCAUGUAUGCCCUGCUCAGGAACCAUCCAGAGCCCACUCUAGAUCAGCUGACAGACGCCCUAGGGGGAAAUCUGUGCCGCUGCACUGGAUACAGGCCCAUAAUCGACGCAUGCAAGACUUUCUGUAAAGCUUCUGGCUGCUGUCAAAGUAAAGAAAAUGGGGUGUGUUAUAAUGGGGAUCGAGGAGUCAAUGGAUUGGCGGAAUUUCAGGAAGGCGAUGAGACAAGUCCAGAACUCUUCUCAGAAGAGGAGUUUCUGCCUCUGGACCCAACCCAGGAGCUGAUAUUUCCUCCAGAGCUAAUGACAAUGGCUGAGAAACAGCCACUCAAGACCAGGGUGUUCAGUGGUGAGAGAAUGACGUGGAUUUCCCCAGUGACUCUGAAGGAGCUCAUGGAAGUUAAAUUCAAGUAUCCCCAGGCCCCCAUCGUGAUGGGGAACACCUCUGUGGGGCCAAAAGUAAAGUUUAAAGGUGUCUUCCACCCCGUCGUAAUUUCUCCUGACAGAAUUGAAGAGAUGUGUGUUGUGAGCCAGGCCAGUGACGGGCUGACCCUCGGUGCUGGCCUCAGCCUGGAACAGGUGAAGGACAUUCUGGCUGAUGUGGUACGGAAACUCCCUGAAGAGAAGACACAGACGUACCGCGCCCUCCUGAAGCACCUCAGAACUCUGGCCGGGUCCCAGAUCAGGAACAUGGCUUCUCUAGGGGGCCACAUCGUGAGCAGACAUCUGGACUCCGAUCUGAAUCCCCUCCUGGCUGUGGGGAACUGUACCCUCAACUUACGGUCCAAAGAUGGAGAUCGACAGAUCCCUGUAAGCGAGCAGUUUCUCCGCAAGAGUCCCGAUGCGGAUCUUAGGCCUCAGGAAGUCUUGGUCUCAGUGAGCAUCCCGUGUUCCAGGAAGCGGGAGUUUGUGUCAGCCUUCAGACAAGCCCAGCGCCAGCAGAAUGCACUAGCGAUUGUCAAUUCUGGAAUGCGAGUCCUCUUUAGAGAGGGAGGUGACGUCAUUAAGGAGCUCUCCAUUGUGUAUGGCGGUGUUGGUCCCACCACCGUCAGUGCUAAGAACUCCUGCCAGAAACUCAUCGGAAGGCCCUGGGAUGAAGAGAUGUUCCACACAGCGUGCAGGCUGGUUCUGAAUGAAGUCACUCUUCCGGGCUCUGCUCCCGGGGGGAAGGUGGAGUUCAAGAGGACCCUCAUUAUCAGCUUUCUCUUCAAGUUCUACCUGGAGGUGUGCCAGAGUCUGAAGAGAAUGGACCCUGCUCACUAUCCUAGCCUGGAAGUCAGGCAUGAGAGUGCAUUGGAAGAUCUUCAUUCAACACCUCACUGGAGAACAUUAACCCACCAGAGCGUGGACCCAAAGCAGAUUCCUCAGGACCCGAUUGGGCGUCCCAUCAUGCACCUCUCCGGGAUUAAACAUGCCACCGGUGAGGCCAUCUUCUGUGACGACAUGCCUGCAGUCGACCGGGAGCUUUUCCUGACCUUCGUAACCAGUUCCAGAGCACACGCUAAGAUCGUGUCCAUGGACCUGUCCGAGGCGCUCAGCCUGCCAGGCGUGGUGGACAUCAUUACUGCAGAUCAUCUUCAAGAUGCAAACACUUUUGACACAGUGACAUUCCUGGCCACAGAUGAGGUGCAUUGCGUGGGCCAUCUGGUCUGCGCCGUGAUCGCUGAGUCUGAGACCCAGGCCAAACGAGCAGCGAAGCGAGUGAAGGUCGUCUACCAAGACCUGGAGCCGCCGAUCCUGACGAUUGAGGAAGCCAUAAGGCACAAGUCCUUCUUUGGGCCGGAAAGGAAGCUGCAGUGCGGGGAUGUGGAUGAAGCCUUCAAAAUGGCUGAUCAAAUUCUUGAAGGUGAAAUACAUAUCAGAGGCCAGGAGCAUUUCUAUAUGGAAACCCAGAGCAUGCUUGUUGUUCCCAAGGGAGAGGAUGGAGAGAUUGACGUCUACGUGUCCACACAGUUUCCCAAAUACAUACAGGAUGUAGUUGCCUCUACCUUGAAGCUCUCAGUCAACAAGGUCAUGUGUCAUGUAAGGCGUGUUGGUGGGGCGUUUGGAGGAAAAGUGGACAAAACCAGCGUCUUGGCCGCUGUCACCGCCUUUGCUGCCAGCAAACAUGGUCGUGCAGUCCGCUGUAUUCUGGAAAGAGGAGAAGACAUGUUAAUAACUGGAGGCCGCCACCCUUACCUUGGAAAGUAUAAAGUAGGAUUCAUGAAGGAUGGCCGAAUCAUGGCCCUGGACAUGGAGCAUUAUUGCAAUGGAGGGAGCUCCCUGGAUGAGUCGUUAUGGGUGAUUGAAAUGGGACUUCUGAAGACGGAAAAUGCAUACAAAUUCCCCAACCUACGCUGCCGGGGCAGGGUCUGCAAAACCAACCUUCCAUCCAACACGGCUUUCCGUGGAUUCGGCUUUCCUCAGGCAGGACUGGUCACCGAAGUCUGUAUCACAGAAGUGGCAAUCAAAUGUGGCCUGUCCCCUGAGCAGGUUCGAACCAUAAACAUGUACAAGCCAAUCGAUUGUACCCACUACAAGCAAGAGAUCAAUGCCAAGCCCCUCCUGGAGUGCUGGAGAGAAUGCAUGGCCAAGUCUUCCUACGCUAUGAGGAAAACGGCUGUAGAAAAAUUCAAUGCCGAGAAUUCCUGGAAAAAGAGGGGCCUGGCCAUGAUUCCCCUGAAGUUUCCUGUGGGUCUUUUCACAGUAGCCAUGGGACAGGCAGCCGCCCUGGUUCACAUUUAUCUCGAUGGCUCAGUACUCGUCACUCAUGGUGGCAUUGAGAUGGGGCAGGGCGUCCACACUAAAAUGAUCCAGGAGGACCACUGCUUCCUGUCAUUGCAAAUUCUUCACAAUUUGCCACACCUGUGCCUGCCUAUAAUCCUAGCCCUCUGGAAGGUGGUCAGCCGUGAACUAAGGAUGCCGAUGUCCAGUGUCCACCUGCGUGGGACAAGCACAGAAACCGUCCCCAACACCAAUGCCUCUGGAGGGUCUGUGGUGGCCGAUCUCAAUGGGUUGGCAGUAAAGGACGCCUGCCAGACUCUUCUAAAACGCCUUGAACCCAUCAUCAGCAAGAAUCCUCAGGGAACGUGGAAGGAUUGGGCGCAGACUGCUUUUGACCAGAGCAUCAGCCUCUCGGCUAUUGGAUAUUUCAGGGGUUAUGAGGCGGAAAUGAACUGGGAGACAGGGGAAGGCCAUCCCUUCGAGUAUUUUGUGUUUGGAGCUGCCUUCUCAGAGGUGGAAAUAGAUUGCCUGACUGGGAACCACAAGACCAUCAGAACAGACAUUGUGAUGGAUGUUGGCCACAGCAUAAACCCAGCCCUGGACAUAGGCCAGGUGGAAGGCGCAUUUGUUCAAGGAAUGGGGCUUUACACCAUAGAGGAGCUGAGCUACUCCCCUCAGGGCGUUCUGUACAGCCGCGGUCCAAACCAGUACAAAAUCCCGGCCAUCUGUGACAUCCCCACAGAGAUGCACAUCUCUUUCCUGCCGCCGUCUGAGAACUCCAACACCCUGUAUUCCUCUAAGGGUCUAGGAGAGUCUGGGGUCUUCUUGGGUUGUUCGGUGUUUUUUGCCAUCCAUGAUGCAGUGAGCGCAGCAAGACAGGAGAGAGGCAUCUCUGUGCCACUGAGGUUCAGAAGUCCACUGACUCCAGAGAAGAUCCGCAUGGCCUGUGAAGAUACCUUCACAAAAAUGAUUCCAAGGGAUGAGCCUGGGUCCUUUGUUCCCUGGAGCAUCCCUGUGUGAGUCAGAUGCGAACUGAGGGACUGGGUCCACCGUCUGCAGGAUGCACCUCGCGGUCUCUCUGCUGGAAGAUGCUAACCAUUAAAGCCAGAUUUUCACAGCCCGGAAUCAUCCACAGCUGAUUUUCAUGAAGCUGAUUUGGAAGUUUCACUUCAAGAUGCUCCAGACAUACCUAAGCAAUUAUAAAUCUUCUUGUAAAUCGCACAGACAUUAAAUUGUUUCCUCUGAAGUGGUUUCAUUCA